CACAGUGUCACAAGUUCAGUCGGAAGCGUUCAGUCCGUCAGUCCGUCAGUCAGCCAACACCUGUCACCAUGAGCAGAGCAGUUGUUUUCGUGUUCGUCGCCUGCUGUGCCUUCUCAGCACUGUCAUUGGCUAAAGAUGAAAACCCUCUUGCAUCUGCAAUUCCUGCAAAGGAAUUUAGCUCCUCAGCACCGUCAAAACCCCCUACUUCAACCACCAUCCCGAAAACCACAACCACCACCCCGAAAACNACAACCACCACCCCGAAAACCACAACCACCACCCCGAAAACUACAACCACCCCCAAGACUACAACUCCUCCUCCUCCUGAACCUACUCCCUCCACCAACUUGACUGUAGGAAACUACACCCUAAUGACAGACAAAAACGUCACUUGCCUGUUGGCUCAUAUGGCAUUGCAGAUCCGAGUGGCAAGACCAAAGGUCAAUGGAACCUUCAUUGUUCAGCCGAAGAAUACCAAAGCAGUUGGAGGUUGUGUGGGAGACAAGGCCAACUUUACCCUCAAGUUUAAGGAGGGCUACAUCACUUUCAUGUUCAACAAGAGUGCUGCAGACGUCUACGUUAAUGCUCUGUCUUUCAACAUCUCCUACCCCUUCAUUAAAGGAGAUUUGCAACAGUUCCGCGCCAACAACAAGUCGGUGCAUCUCUUCGCUGCAAAGGUGGGACACUCCUACUCCUGCAAGACUGAAUCACUUUACAUGGGGGACGGACUGUACCUGGAAGUCAGUGAGGACCGGAUGCAGGCCUUCAAUCUGACCAAGGCCAAUGACUUUGGCGUCCCCGACCCAUGUGCUGCAGACCAGCCUGAUUACCGCGUCGCCAUCGCGGUGGGAGUGACGUUGCUGGUGCUCAUUGUCAUCGUCGUGGUGGCGUAUCUUCUGAGCCGCAGAAAGAGAACCGAUGGCUACCAGUCUCUGUGAGGUGUGGAGGGUCAGAGUGAUAAGAGGUGCCCCAGAAGUGAUGCAUGUUAUAAAGUAGUCAGUCUGUAAGGCUCUUUCUCAGGGUUUGAAGCACUGAACCCUAACCUUUCCUGUCCUUUCAUGCCUUGGUUUACCUAUUUUACUGUUCUGUACAGCGUAUUAUCUACAAGUCCCAUAGAAUGGAGGCUGGAGUGAGCCACCUUAAAGAGCUUCAGUAUAUAAUCAAUGAAUACAUUUAUUUAUUUAUAGCUGUUACAAAUUAAUUAAUCAGAGUAACACUUAAAAGUUGUAUCUAAAUCCAAAUUUGGAAAUAAAUAAGAAUAGAAAAUCGCUAAAUUUGCUGAUUAAUCCUUCAAUUCAAGAAAGGCAUUAAAAUAUCCCAUUUACUUAUAUAUUGGUCUUUCAAAUUAUAUCUCACUUUCUAUUAAUUUUCUGCUUCAACAUGUAGAUGUGUUAUCUGUUCAGUUUAAUCUGUAGUCUGACCCACAGAGCAGCAGAGAUAGCUCUGAUUGACCAGAGUCCUGCCAACACAUAAACCUGGCCUUGGACUUUAGAUCGAACUGUGAGAUGACACCCUGCGUAAUAAUUUUGACAUUCAUUUAAAGCCCUAAAGCAUCAAGUUAUAAGUUGAUAUCAUAAGCAGACAUGCAAUGUCUGCAAUAACAACAAGUAACAUUAGUAAACAAAGUAGUUAGUUUGUUUUUAAAACCAUGUAUUCAAUUGUUAGCUUUUACUUUUAGUAUUCCAGUGGUACAAUUCAGACUCCUUACUUAUGUAUAAGCCAAACAAACCUUUUUAUCUUAACAUGCCAGUUGCCAGUUUUUAUAUGACAGUUGUUUUGGCACAGAUGUACUGGACAAAUGACCAGAGAAUAUGAUUCUCAUCAAGCCGUUGACAGAGUAUUUCGACACUGGUACACUAAAAAUGAUGACACACAUCAGUACAAACUGAAAUCAUACGUAUUUGUGUAAUAACUGACCAAAAUGUCUCAUCAUAGUCAGUUCAGGUUAUGGUUUUUUUGAUAGAUACUCAGUGACUGUAUAAAAAGAUGGACGACAUGAAGUCUGUAGCAUCUCUAUCUCCCCCUGGUGGUGAUGCUCUAAGAGAGACUGACUUGCUUUUGCAGAGGCAGGUGCAUGGGCAGGACGUCAAUACAAAGGCACAACCCUAUGAUCACUGCUUUGCAAACUCUGGCUCCAAUUUACGUCACCAGCACAUGAAGGCGGUGUUCAUAGAUUCAUAAAUGGAGACACGUCGUCUAUUUUUAGGAACAGUCACUGAGACAACCAGCGUGUUAGUUGUGAUCAUGGUGUCAUGAAGUGAAACUGUCAGAUUUUGGUGUCAAAUGUUUUGUUACCCUUCUAUUGUUUCACAAAUUCCAUGUCUUCUGCUAUCCAGAUAUUUUGUAAAUAUGGUAAAAUAAGGUAAAUUGGUGAAAAAGGGAAGUUAACCGGUCACUAACCUCAAUGGUGAUUAUUCAUGUGUUUGCAUUAUUAAUCAGCACAAAGGGAAAAUGAAUAGCAUGUUAGUAAGGGAUUAUGUCUGCCUUAUCAACAUUAAUUGCACUGAUUACUGUUCAAUGCUUUGUCUUUUUCAUAUUUUAUGUAGUUGAUGUCGUGUUUUCAUAGAAAUGUAAGAGUGUGGGUCAGUCUGACGUGGGUUCGUACAUUAAUCAGAUCUCAGGAGUCCCUCUCUCCUUCCCCAUCAAGUCCACUCUGAUACACUUCACUGUCCUGGAGGAACACUUGAUGUAUUAGUGGUAUCGAUCCUCUCAUCAAACUCUCAACAAGAAAGCAAAUUAGCCGUUUUUUCCCCAAAAUUGUCAAACUAUUCCUUCAAUCAUGCAAAAAAACUGACAAAAAGAGAUGAUUUUGCACUAAUUGCAACUGAGCGGUUCUAAAAGACACACGUUGAGGAAACAACUUUAGAUAUUGUGCUGAAUUCAGUGGAAGAGUUUCAAUGACACCAUGCAGAGGAAAUAAACCAAAUCAAUAUGGAUUCAAAGGUUCAUCCAAACUGCAGAAACAUCUCUUUUCUUUGCUCCAGUUAGAGUCAGCCACACAGCUGGUUUGGGUUUCAUGUGCUCUGAGAGGUCAGCCUCUGAAACUCCUGCUUCCCCUUUAACACGAUGGAGAUUUUGUUUGUGCUCCUCAAAGCAUUUACAAUUUUCAUUCAACAGAAUGAACAGUAGCUUGUGUUGAUUCAUCGGUGUAGUGCACCAACUAAGCAGAUUUUAUCAGGACUAUAUCCAAUAGAAAGUAGUUCUAGUGAAGAUUGGACUAAAACUAUCUGCAUAAAUAGAAAGCAUGAGUGGGAAAUUAAAAUAUUUUUAUUUUUAUUUGUGUGAGCUGGCUCUAAGUGCUCUUAAAGGUAGGCUAGGCCUGCCUUUAAUGAACACCCCCCCCUACUUGUGUUAAUAUGAUGAAUAUGUGAAAUGCUUGGUAAUGACUGACUGGAAUCAAUCACUAACCAAUCCCCAACUGUGUCAGCGUUCACUGCCAGCUCCUGCCGGAGUUUUACAGAGAACAGUGGUGUAGUGCAGCUGGAGUAAUGUGGUGAAAGUGAGGAAGUGAGGAGAAAUGAGGGACCUUGCUGCAUGUAAAGUUCUCCACAUUAUGUGAGCACUUACAACUGUGUGUAACUGCCUGUGCUAAUAAAGUUUAAUAAAUUCUG